AUCUCUGUAGAUGCGCAGUGAAUUUUACACACUUCAGCCGGCUGGUCUGAAGAAAAAAAUCCUUGGCAGUUCUAAAAAACAACAACAUCUCAGCCCUUACAGCAAAACCGAAAUACAGCGAAAAUUGUUACAAUUAACCAUAAUAAGAGGUUUAAGGCAGGGAGUUGCCGUCAGCGAUAUUUUGCUUUCUGUGCGCAACAAAGCAUACGAGUCAGAAGGACUUGUUGCAUCCUCGGGUUUUCAUUUGGCCCUUUGAUAACUUGUGCUCAGGGCCUGGGCUUGGACGAGCGCACUGCCACCAUGGACCAUAGCAGCUGGAGCGGAAGCGAGAGCCCUGCAGACGACAUGGAGAGGAUGAGCGACGAGGCCGACAAGGGCAUGGACGGGGACCCCGAGGGGGUGUGGAGCCCCGACAUCGAACAGAGCUUCCAGGAGGCGCUGGCCAUCUACCCCCCCUGUGGGCGCAGGAAAAUCAUCCUCUCAGACGAGGGAAAGAUGUAUGGUCGCAAUGAAUUGAUAGCAAGAUACAUCAAACUAAGAACGGGAAAGACAAGGACAAGAAAGCAGGUCUCCAGUCACAUUCAAGUUCUUGCCAGACGGAAAUCUCGGGAGUUUCACACCAAGCUAAAGGUCACAUGUAUGGACCAGAGUGUGAAAGACAAGGCACUGCAGAGUAUGGCCUCCAUGUCCUCGGCUCAGAUCGUCUCUGCCACUGCCAUCCACAACAAGCUGGGCCUCCCAAGACCCACCUUCCCUGGGGCGACAGGAUUUUGGCAGGGUAUGAUAUCCACUGGCCAGCCUGGAUCAUCACAAGACAUUAAGCCAUUUUCCCAGCAGGCCUACCCCAGCCAGACAGCUGUAACAACCACCAUCUCAGCGUACGAGCCCCCCACGGCUACAGCCCCAGCCUGGCAGGGACGCUCCAUCGGGACCACCAUACUCAGACUGGUGGAGUUCUCUGCCUUCCUGGAGCAGCAGAGAGACCCUGACACUUACAACAAACACCUGUUUGUGAGCAUUGGACAGACCAACUACUCGUACAGCGAUGCCCUACUGGAGGCUGUGGACAUCCGUCAGAUCUACGACAAGUUCCCAGAGAAGAAGGGAGGACUGAAGGAGCUCUUUGGAAAGGGCCCUCACAACUCCUUCUUCCUGGUCAAGUUCUGGGCUGACCUGAACUGUAACAUCCAGGAUGACUCUGGGGCCUUCUACGGUGUGAGCAGCCAGUAUGAGAGCUCUGAGAACAUGACCAUCACAUGCUCUACCAAGGUGUGCUCCUUCGGCAAGCAGGUGGUCGAGAAGGUUGAGACGGAAUAUGCCUGCUUCGAGAAUGGACGCUUUGUCUACAGGAUAAGCCGCUCCCCAAUGUGUGAAUACAUGAUCAACUUCAUCCACAAACUCAAACACCUGCCUGAGAAGUACAUGAUGAACAGUGUCCUAGAGAACUUCACUAUCCUAUUGGUGGUGACUAACAGAGAAACACAGGAGACGAUGCUGUGCAUGGCAUGUGUGUUUGAGGUGUCGAACAGCGACCAUGGAGCUCAACAUCACAUCUACCGGCUAGUCAAGGAAUAAGAGACUGAUUCAGUAGAAACGUGCUGGGACAAACAAUCACCGAUCUACCUGAAGGACAGCUUCUGAAGAAUGGAGGGAAGACAUUGAAGGAUGAAUUCUUAGUAAUUGACAGAGAUAAAUCGCUGUUGUGAUUGGUUGGUUGUGAGAGUGACACGAGGCAACCGCCCAGUGAAACACACCUUCAGAAAGACAACCUUAUGGAAAGUGGCUGUGCCUCUACACAAAUCCCACCCACAAUGUCCUUGGGUUACAUUGGGGUGAAGUUUCUAAUGGAUAAUAUCAUUCUAUUUGUAUUUCGUAUGUAUGUUUGUAUGAGUGCAGCUGUCAAUUUGUGGUACAGUUGUGUGGUGUCAUUUUUCCAGACUUGGUCAUAACUAUGGUGUACAUAUGAAGGGGCAUUGUGUAACAUAAUAGGAAGAUGUACUGUGGAUUACAUUUGGAAGCUCUGUUUUCUGUAUUUUAUACUGUAGUCAUCACAAUUAUGAACCAAUUCAGAUCUAAGCCUUUCUUAAUUGGAUAAAUAUAAAACAUUAUACAGUUACUACAUACAGUGCCUUCGGAAAGUAUUCAGACCUGUUGACUUUUUCCUCAUUUUGUUACUUUAAUCAAUUUUAGAAUAAGGCUGUAAAGUGUUUAUUCUCAUCAAUCUACACACAAUACACCAUAAU